UAAAUGUUAACAAAUAUUAUUACUCAAUGAAUACUUGAAACUUAAGUUUUAAGUACUUAUUUAUCAUCAACGGUGUUCACUAUGAUAACGAUUGUCAUGGACACAGAAUACACGGUACCUAUUGGCUAUUACAAUAAUAUAUUUUGUUGUUUAAUACGAUAUUACGAGUCUACAAUGACGAUUGCUAUGCGACAGCUUGGGAUCGAUCAAUGAAUUAUACAGAUUUUCUUUAGUUACGUUUCAUUUUCCAUCCCGAUUGGCGCGAUUACUGGGUUAAGUACUUGAGUUUUUUUUUUCAAAAUCGCGACGUUUAUCCGACAGCUGAAUUAUCAUUACGUGGAUGUUUUGAAUCCUGUUUGUAAUAACCAUGAAGCCCAUAACAGAUGUCAAAGUUGUUAAAACCACAGAAUCAGCAUUCAUCAGGCCAUUUUCAUUGAUAUUUAAACAAGGAGGAAAUGAAAUUAAGUGGGACUUAAUUGAUAGUCAUAAUGGAGUGUUUGUGAUCAUUUACAACAGGACCAGAAAUACAUUGGUGUGCGUUAAACAAUUUAGACCAGGUGUCUACUAUAAAAGUAUACCAGAAUGUGAUAGACCGAAAGAUGGAUAUAUUGACACUGUAAAAUAUCCACCUAGCAUGGGUUUGACUGUAGAAUUUUGUGCUGGUAUAGUAGACAAAAACAAAAGUCUUGAAGAAAUAGCUGUUGAAGAAGUCCGAGAAGAAUGUGGUUAUGAGGUCAAAGUGUCAGAUAUGGAAAAAAUCAUCAGUUGUAGAGCUGCCCUAAGUACAGCUGGUUCUAUUAUGACAUUUUUUUACACUGAAGUCACUGAUCAAAUGAAAAUUUCUGAAGGAGGUGGUCUUGCACAUGAAGGAGAAGAUAUCGAAGUGGUUGAAUAUACUAUACCAGAAAUUAGAGAUAUAAUUACACAAUCAGAAGUUUUAAAUGGAUCAUCUAGUUUUCUUUUUGGCUUAAUGUGGUUUUUGACCAAUAAAAUUGUUUUGAAUAAGUAAUUAAAUUUAAACAAAUUACACUGUUGAUUUAAUAUUUAAUAAGUUAUAAAUUUAUAUAAAAAUUUCAAAAUACAAAUUAUAUUAUUUUUUUUCAAAUUCAUUAUCAGUUUUCUUUUAUUCACAUUUCGUGGUUUAUCUUAGCAGAUACCCACCCUAAGCCCCAUUUUAAAUUGGUAAGCAUAAACUUGAGAGCUUUAGUCCAACCUUCUUCGGAAUUCAAUUGUAUUCUAUAAUGAAAAUGUGUAUUAUAAAUAUUAAUGCUCAAUAAUAAUUGAUAAUAUUAAUAAAAGUGAGUUAAUAUAGUUA